UUCAGUUCAAUUUGUGUGUUUGCCUUGAACGGACGGCUUUAGUUUGCUGACCAAUUUUAUUCAACUAGAGGCGCGAAAGUUAAACAACAUUAUUCAAACAACUGUUGAUUCAGUCGUGUGAAUUUAUUUUAAGUUCAACAUUUUCAAUCUUUGCAAGGUGAAAAGAAUUUGUGAUCAGCUACAAAGGAUGAAUAAAUUGUGGUGAAACUGAUUUCAGUAUGUGUCCUGUAAACAUUGAUCAAAACUGAUGUUCAUCUCAUAAAAUAAAAAGUGACCAAGUGAAAAAGAAGAUAGAAAAAACUCCGGAUCGUACAAACAUUGAACACUAGAAUGGAAAUGCGUCAUAGACAUACUUAUACUUAUACGUCAUUAAUCAUAAACUUCAAUUGAGACAAGGUUUUUUUUGCCAUUCUUCUGUAUGAUUGCACAAAUAAAAAUAUUUGAUAAAAAUAGAGCGUAAUCAUAUCUUGACAAGCGUAAAAAUUUGUUGGGAUUUAUGUGCACAAGUGAAAAUUGUACAAUUUAAUUUGAAGAGAUGCAACGACUGCGUUCACAAUGCGCUCAGUUCAUAUAGAAAAAUCAAUGGAUUUAAGUUUGUAACCACGAAACAAGCAAAAAAAAAGCGCGCAUUAACCACUGUGAAUCGUUUGGUGAAUUCUAUUGUGUAUUUCAAUAGCAUUCAUUAAUUUUAUUGACUUCAUACAUUUUUCAAUUGUUACACCAAGCAAACGCUCUGUCUUUUUUUCUGUCACUUGUUAGACACGGAUUUUUAUUCGAGACAAGAAGUUUUGUGUUGUGUGUAAAAAGCGGAUCAAUUAAAAUGUGGAACGGAAAAUGUAAUCUAGCAAAAGGAACCCCGUCGGGCCCAAUACAAAAUCAGAACAACUUAAACAUACGAAAUGGUUCGACAAACGAUACAUGUUCAUUGAGAUCCGUUAGCUCAGAGGAUAUUUCAACGAGCGAUUUACCAUCGACAUGCUGUAGUUCAAACGCAACAAAUCCAGCGAUAAAAAGUGGAAGACGGUUCCAGUUGCUACAGAUGAUAAUAUUGCCUUUUAUCCCAAUACUGGCUCUGAUUAUACAAACAUCCUAUUCAUUAAACGAAUUAUUAAAAUCUCAAAUAGACAGUUCAGACACAGAAACACAGGUUACGCUAGCAACUGGAUUGGGAAAAGUGGUAACGCAAAUUCAACUAGAACGUUCUGAAGUGGCCUUUUUUAUUUUCACAAACGGAAGUACAUUAAGAUCAAAUUUAUCGUCACGAUUCGCCGUAACCAAUGAAGCUUUGAACAAUUUACCGGAAUUUCCUGAUCUAGUUGUGCCCAUAUUUAUCGAUGACGUUUUAAAUAAACAACAAAAUCUGAAUCGAACGGAGUUUUUGCGACAGCUUGAGGAUUUUCGAUCGAAAAUUCAUUCGGAAGAGAGUAGUAUGGCUGAUGUGAUGCAAUGGUAUAAUACAGUGAAUGCCGCUCUUCUCGACCAUUUGACCAAUCAAAUCAAAGAAACAGACAAUAGCGGUGUUUGGAGGCAUUUGGUAGGUUUUAAGAAUAUUUUGCGGAGUAUUGAGUGUUAUGGUAUAGCAUCGGUGCAUGGUAUCAAUUAUUUCGGGCGUGGAUUAUUAAGUUCGGAUAAAUACGUUGACUACAUAAGACAUGAUAUGUUGGGCAAAGAUUUAUUGAACACAACAAUAAACUACGUGCCAGACAUCAAACCAGUUUACAAGCGAUUGGCUUCUAUGCCUGGAUACGGGAGUCUUCGUAAUUCAAGCAACCUGAUUGUUAAAAAUCAAAAGCGAGUUUCCAGCGUGGAGGAGGCAAUCACAUAUUUUGAUUUAAUGGCCAGUUACUUGGAUGAGCUGCGAAAAAUUCAAAAUUUUGUCCGCGAAAAGAUUGGAUUCGACGUCAAUACCAAUAUAAAUAAAGCCAAAUACAGUACCUACAUCGGUGUCGCCAUUUUGGUGAUUGUAUUAGUGGUUUCGCCCGUCAUCAUAUUUUUAGUACGAAAUGCAACCAACACGAUUCAGAUUUAUGCGUGUAAUUUGUCGGAAAAAGCGAAAGAAUUGAAACGAGAGAAACGCAAAAGUGAUAUGCUAUUGUUUCAAAUGCUACCCCCAUCUGUGGCGACCCAAUUAAAACAAACACAAAAAGUUCCAGCCGAAUACUACGACGAGGUGACCAUUUAUUUUAGCGAUAUUGUGGGAUUUACUGAAAUUGCCGCCGAAUGUACUCCGCUUGAGGUGGUUAACUUUUUGAAUUCAAUUUACAAAGUAUUCGACGAACGAAUUGAGUGCUAUGAUGUUUACAAGGUUGAAACAAUCGGUGAUUCGUACAUGGUAGCAAGUGGUUUACCGGUGAAAAAUGGAAAUAAGCAUGUUUCGGAGAUUGCAACCAUGGCCUUGGACUUGCUUGAUGCCGCCACAUACUUUCGAAUUCCCCGAAGAACAAAUGAAUUUCUUCAAAUUAGGUGUGGAGCCCAUACAGGUCCAGUAGUCGCCGGAAUUGUUGGCACCAAAAUGCCUCGGUAUUGUUUGUUUGGAGAUACUGUCAACACUGCGAGUCGGAUGGAAUCCACCGGAGAAGCUUUGAAAAUUCACAUAACGGCCGAAAUGAAUAACGAACUGAUGAGCAUUGGCGGGUUCAAGACAGAACAUCGUGGAUUAAUCGAUGUAAAAGGAAAAGGUUUGAUGAACACAUAUUGGUUGACAUCACAAGGGCCGAUAAAAAAGCGCGAAGAAAUCUCUUGGUUUUCCGACAUAGAGCCAGUCUUUUUAAAGACUCUACAAUUUCGCCACGAGGUCAAAACAAAGUUAAGAAAGUCCGUUAAACUCUAAGCCCCAGAGUCGUGCCGUGCAGAUGUAGUAAUUAUAUUGAACCAAAAUGUGCAUUGCACACCGAAUGUAUGGACCAGAUCGUAUUGCAUUUUUGUUUCUGAACAGAAAAAAACGGAAACAAUUUCUAAAACAUGAAUUUAUCUAGGUGUCGUGAAUUUGAUAUCGAAAUCACAACUUUUUUUUUUCUUAAGGUGAAAAUCCAAAAUAAAUAUUUAGAAUAGUGGAAUAUAACUCAAAACACGUGUGUUUGUCAACGUCUAUAAGUUCUCACACACAAAAUAAUUGUAUGAAUAAACAAUAUAUGUAUAAAUGUUUCAAUGUUACAAAACAUAAACGAAUCAGCAUUAUUUACAAUCUUUA